AUGGGCAGUAUUGCGAAACGUAUAUUUGUCGGUAACCUGAAUGAGAACUUGGAUGAUUCUCUAGCGUUCCUACAUUCUCGUUUCCAGAAGUUUGGAUCUUGUAAAGAUGAUUCAUUCGAAAAACAUUCAAAUUUUGCCUAUUUAAAUAUGUCCUUCAAUGAUGAGAAGGAUUUCCAAAAACUGAAAAGUACAUUUAAUAAUAUGAAGUUCAAAGGUAAUCAACUCAAGAUCGAUUUGGCUAAACCAAGCUGGGAGUCAAACUGGGAAAGUCAACUGGAGAAAGAUAAAGUUGAGAAUGAAAAGAAACAGAAGUUCAUUGAACAAAAAAAUUGGGAAUUUUAUAAAAAGAUGAAAAAUAUAAAUAUGAGUUGGACUGAUAGAAGGCAGGUACUGAGUGGUAGGAUUAGAAAGACACCAAGGCGAAAGUUUCACUUGAAAAGUAUGACUUUCAGAGUCAAUGUCAAUGGUUCUCUAAAAGUUUACAAAUGUUACAAGACAAAACUUUGGGGAUAUGAAAAGAAUAAAGAACUGAUGGACUUGGUUUAUAAGUUUGUUGGGGGUAAAUGGCGUAACGGGUACGAUCAUAUUGUUGAUCGUUUAGAUUAUUCCAGGUCAGUGAACUCGAUAAAAUUCCCUAAUAAAGAGAAUAAGAACUCCACUUUAACUAUAUCAAAUGAAGGUACCAAUAUCGAAGAUGAAGAACAUCUAUCUGAAGAAGAAAAGCAAAAGAAUAACGAUGUUUUAACCGAUUUAUUAUCUAGAUUCGAUUUUGACAAAUCAGUAGCAGUGGUAGACUCUGAUGAAGCGGAGGCUUUUGGUUUCUCUGAUCAUGAAGAAGAUACUGUAGGAAUGAAUGAGCAGAAGUCAUACUUAGAGGCACAAAACGUUUCCACUACCCAUCAAGAGUACAAUAUGCAAGAUGAUGCAAAAGAUGAAGAAGGGGGAGAAGAUGAACCUAUGCCAACUUUUGGCUUCUCGAAUGCCGAAACGACCCAAAUCAAAGAAAGUACUACAAGCAACACUGAAACAUUGAGAUCAUUGUUUAAUCCAGAACAAAUUGAUACCACCGCAGCGUCCUUUAAACUGAUGGAUGAGAAAAAUGAUGACAUUGAUGAAUCUAAAACCAUUCCUGAAACUCAAAUUGCUGAUAUAAUGGAAAGGGAGCCUGAAGCAAUCAGAGAGAAUAAUCCAGAAUCUAAGAACCAUCUAUUUUUCCCACAUUUCAAUUCACCUUUCUUAGUUGGUCAAACUCAAUUAAGCAAAAUUAAGAGAACUAAUAAUAAUAUUCUCGAUAAUUGGGAAGAUGAAUUCUGGGAAAAUAGAGGUAUUUGGAUGAAGGAAAUGAAAAAUAAGAAAAGAGAUGCUUUAAGACAGAUUAGAAAGAGGAAAGCAAAAGAUAAUAAUGUAAUAUUAAUUUAA